CAAAAACAAAAACCUCCAAUAUGAUUGAUUUGGUGCAGCCAAAUAUAUAUAUAUAUAUAUAUAUAUAUAUGCAAAUUAGUAAGUAUAGUUUUAUUUGUACUUCUAUUUUAAGGCUUAAUUUGCUUUAAAGGAGCUAAAAUGUAUCCUCACAUCCCAAUCUGUUUAGAAGCCAUUAGGAAGUGAAAAUAUUUGCAUUUUUUCCAUUUGUUCUGCUUAGACAAAUAUGUAAUAAAAGCAUGUGUGUGUGUGUCUUUUUUUUUUUUUUUUUUAAAGAUAGGGUCUAGCUCUGUCGCUCAGGCUGUAGUGCAGACAGCUCACUGCAGCCUCGAACUCCUGGGCAGAGCUCGCCUCAGCCUCUCAAAGUGGUAGGAUUACAGGUGUGAGCCACUGUGCUGGGACUGUGUGUCAAUACAAAAUUUUGCUUGUUCUGGAAUUAACCCAAAGUCUUCAGUACCGUUAAUUCACUAACAACAAUUAAAAAAAAAAUCCUCCCUAAAGACAAAGUAGGUGGCAGUUUCAGAGUACUUUCAAUGUUAACAUAGAGCGUCUUGACCCUUAGGGCCAUGAAAGAAGAAAAACUAAAUUCAGUGAAAUUUGCACAUGAUAACAGCCCUCGUUGGUUGGCUGUUUUUUCCCUGACAACUUCUGGGAACUGAAUGAACUUAAUUAUGUUUUAUUAAUAAACCAUUAUUAAUUUUGCAUCCUGAAAUAAGUGCUUGAAUCAGGAAUAGCAUACUUCCCACUAAAUUCCUUUUGUCUGAAUGAAAUCUUGAGAUUCCCAUCUAUACUCCAAGGGCACUUUUAAGAGCUACCACAUAGGCCAUAACGUUCUUGGAAAACAGUAUAUGCUGUCAGUUUGCCUAGGUAGAGACAGGAGCUGACAAGGCAAUCCUCAAGUUCCUUUCUUUUAUUCUGAGAGCUGUAUUCUGUGGAUAGGGAUUUUGUAUUUUAGUGCUAACAAUGUUUUUCAGCACUUAACACCAUGAGUAUUCAAAGGUCUGAUGUUAUCUUUAAUGUAUGUAAUGAACAUACAAUGGUACAUCUUAUGAAUAUUACAUUUUCUAUUUCUACAAUGUUUUCAGAGGAAAUAUUUUUACCCUAACCUGGAUUCUAUCGCUAUCCUAAUAAUUGUGGUUCAGAAAAUUGUCUCACAGGCAGGCAGUUUCCUAAUCAUGUUUUACUCAAUUAUUUUAUUUCUCAAUAUGAUAGGCCGUGAAGUAGUCCACUGGAAAAGACAUCAUGCUGAGAGUAAGAAAAGCUUAUUUGUUCACUGCUCUAUCUCCAGCACCUAGAACAAUGCCUGACCCAGAACAGGUGCAUAGUAUUUGCCGAGUGAAUUCUAAUCCUACUUCUGGGUAAAAUUAAGUAAAUUAACUAGUUCUUGAGGGAUUCAGUCUAGAUGACCCCUAAACUUCCAUGGUAAGGUUUUGUGGUUUUUAUCUUGGGUUUUCUAAAUGCUCUAAAAAUAGUAGUGGAUGUUAACAACGUAGUGUUCAGUAAAAUCAAUUGGUGGAGAUUGUAGAUAGAUGGCUCAUAAGACAUCAGUAUUACAAAUCCUAUGUGUGUGCGCGUGUGGUCACACAAGGCAAAGUUAAAGUCUUUUUUUUUAUGACGAUGAUAAAUUAGUCUUGUUUGGGCGAGUGAACUCAAGAGGUGGUUCAAAUAAACGUCAUUUUUUCAUUGUAUCUUCAGUGCCUAGUACAGUUACUGGCUCAUAGUAGGUAUUCAAUAAAUAGUGGUUGAAUUAAUUGCCUUCAUUAACGUUCCGUUUAAAUGCUAGACGCAGCUAGGUCUUUACCCCUCCCUAGAAAGAGAUGGAGCUGUAACCAGAAAUCCCUUAAAAGGUAAGGACCAGUAAUCAGGCUGAGCUAAGCUCAUGGGUAGUACGAGACAGGCUUAAAGCACUGAAGGAAGAAAGAAGAGAACCCAAGCGUGAGAGAAAGCAAAACAAAACAAGUAAAGAGAGGAAGAAAAACAUUUCUAAAGUAGGGGUUGGCAGGAAGCCACCGCAAUUACCGCAGGUCAACCCUUGUCAAUAGGUGGUCACCUCAAGAACUUACCAUUAAAACCCUCGGCCACACAGACCCCACUUUUAAAAGGUUAUUAAUUCUGACAUGCCCAAGUUCAUCUGAGUUCCUUAGAAAGAGCAACCACCAGCACCUACUUCACGACCUAUCCUCCAUUCCAUUCAAAUAACGCAGCCAAUAGGAAAAUCCUCCGCCCUGAGCCAACGACUCGGCGUAGCUGAGACAGCCCGGGAGGCAGAUCUGCCCUGUAGAGCCUUGCGGUUCCACUGCUGGACUCCGGAUUCCCGGGAGCCCCCAGCCCGACAGGACAACCUUCCUUCCCCGCUUCCUCCUUUCCAGGUCUGUCCCAGCCCCCGCUGCCUGGGCCACACCCGCUUCCCUCCGUUGGCCCAGCCACCCCCGCCGCAGUUCGCGGUAGCGCUCUUCCUGGGGCGGGCGCAGGCCCAGGGCGCAUGCGCACUGGUCGAAGGGCGCCUCCCAGUCCGGAUCUCGCGAAGUUACGUUAGAUUGGCCGCCGGUGACGGGUGGCCGUGCUGGGGGCGGGAGGGCUUCUGUGGUAGGAAGGGAGGUCCGCUCGGCCGGGCGCGCCGCCCCAGUGCUCUGUGGGAUACUGGAAGUCUCGAGCGUCUCUUCCCGGUUCCCAGCCCUCCUCUGGCCCGCACUCAUAGAAACAUUCACACACCCCCUGCCUCCCCUCUCUUCCCUCUCCGCCUCCCCCUUCCCCCCCCUCGCGAUAAGAAGACCCGGCGGCAGGAGAGGGGAUGAAGAUGGCGGACGCGAAGCAGAAGCGGAACGAGCAGCUGAAGCGCUGGAUCGGCUCCGAGACGGACCUCGAGCCUCCGGUGGUGAAGCGCCAGAAGACCAAGGUGAAGUUCGACGAUGGCGCCGUCUUCCUGGCUGCUUGCUCCAGCGGCGACACGGACGAGGUCCUCAAGCUGCUGCACCGCGGCGCCGACAUCAAUUACGCCAAUGUGGACGGACUCACUGCCCUGCACCAGGCUUGCAUUGAUGACAAUGUUGAUAUGGUGAAGUUUCUGGUAGAAAAUGGAGCAAAUAUUAAUCAACCUGAUAAUGAAGGCUGGAUACCACUACAUGCAGCAGCUUCCUGUGGAUAUCUUGAUAUUGCAGAGUUUUUGAUUGGUCAAGGAGCACAUGUAGGGGCUGUCAACAGUGAAGGAGAUACACCUUUAGAUAUUGCGGAGGAGGAGGCAAUGGAAGAGCUACUUCAAAAUGAAGUUAAUCGGCAAGGGGUUGAUAUAGAAGCAGCUCGAAAGGAAGAAGAACGUAUCAUGCUUAGAGAUGCCAGGCAGUGGCUAAAUAGUGGUCAUAUAAAUGAUGUCCGGCAUGCAAAAUCUGGAGGUACAGCACUUCACGUUGCAGCUGCUAAAGGCUAUACGGAAGUUUUAAAACUUUUAAUACAGGCAGGCUAUGACGUUAAUAUUAAGGACUAUGAUGGCUGGACACCUCUUCAUGCUGCAGCUCAUUGGGGUAAAGAAGAAGCAUGUCGAAUUUUAGUGGACAAUCUGUGUGAUAUGGAGAUGGUCAACAAAGUGGGCCAAACAGCCUUUGAUGUAGCAGAUGAAGACAUUUUAGGAUAUUUAGAAGAGUUGCAAAAGAAACAAAAUCUGCUCCAUAGUGAAAAACGGGACAAGAAAUCUCCACUAAUUGAAUCAACAGCAAAUAUGGACAAUAAUCAGUCACAGAAGACCUUUAAAAACAAAGAGACGUUGAUUAUUGAACCAGAGAAAAACGCAUCCCGUAUUGAAUCUCUGGAACAAGAAAAGGUUGAUGAAGAAGAAGAAGGAAAGAAGGAUGAGUCUAGCUGCUCUAGUGAAGAAGAUGAGGAAGAUGACUCGGAAUCAGAAGCUGAAACAGAUAAGACAAAACCGCUGGCUUCUGUGACUAAUGCCAACACUUCCAGUACACAAGCAGCUCCUGUAGCUGUUACAACACCUACUGUGUCAUCAGGUCAAGCAACACCUACAUCACCUAUUAAAAAGUUUCCAACCACAGCUACAAAAAUUUCUCCCAAAGAAGAAGAGAGAAAAGAUGAGUCUCCUGCAACUUGGAGGUUAGGACUUAGAAAGACAGGCAGCUAUGGUGCACUUGCUGAAAUCACAGCAUCUAAAGAGGGUCAAAAAGAAAAAGAUACUGCAGGUGUUACACGUUCAGCUUCAAGUCCCAGACUUUCCUCCUCUUUGGAUAAUAAAGAAAAGGAGAAAGAUAGUAAAGGAACUAGGCUUGCAUAUGUUGCACCUACAAUACCAAGACGACUAGCCAGUACAUCUGACAUUGAAGAGAAAGAAAACAGAGAUUCUUCAAGUUUGCGAACAAGUAGUUCAUAUACAAGGAGAAAAUGGGAAGAUGAUCUUAAAAAAAAUAGCUCAAUUAAUGAAGGAUCAACUUAUCAUAAAAGUUGCUCCUUUGGUAGAAGACAAGAUGAUUUGAUUAGUUCUAGUGUUCCAAGCACCACAUCAACACCAACAGUUACCUCUGCAGCUGGGCUUCAGAAAAGCCUGCUUUCCAGCACAAGCACUACUACAAAGAUUACAACGGGUUCUUCCUCAGCAGGCACACAAAGCAGUACCUCAAAUCGUUUGUGGGCUGAGGAUAGUACUGAAAAAGAAAAGGAAAGUGUUCCUACGGCAGUGACCAUUCCUGUUGCUCCAACUGUUGUAAAUGCUGCAGCUUCUACCACAACCCUGACUACAACUACUGCUGGCACUGUCUCCUCCACAACAGAGGUCAGGGAGAGACGCAGAUCAUACCUCACUCCUGUUAGGGAUGAAGAGUCUGAAUCCCAAAGAAAAGCAAGAUCUAGACAAGCAAGACAAUCUAGAAGAUCAACACAGGGAGUGACAUUAACUGAUCUUCAAGAAGCUGAGAAAACAAUAGGAAGAAGUCGUUCUACCCGAACCAGAGAACAAGAAAAUGAAGAAAAAGAAAAAGAGGAAAAAGAAAAACAAGAUAAAGAGAAACAAGAAGAAAAGAAGGAGUCAGAAACAUCUAGAGAAGACGAAUAUAAACAAAAAUACUCCAGAACGUAUGAUGAGACUUACCAGCGUUAUAGGCCAGUAUCAACUUCAAGUUCAACCACUCCAUCCUCUUCUCUUUCUACUAUGAGCAGUUCACUCUAUGCUUCAAGUCAACUAAACAGGCCAAAUAGUCUUGUAGGCAUAACUUCUGCUUACUCCAGAGGAAUAACAAAAGAAAAUGAAAGAGAGGGAGAAAAAAGAGAAGAGGAGAAAGAAGGAGAAGAUAAAUCACAACCUAAAUCAAUCAGAGAACGACGACGACCAAGAGAGAAAAGAAGAUCUACAGGAGUUUCAUUUUGGACACAAGAUAGUGAUGAAAAUGAACAAGAACAACAAUCAGACACAGAAGAGGGAUCCAAUAAGAAAGAAACUCAGACGGAUUCCAUUUCUAGAUAUGAAACCAGUUCUACAUCAGCUGGUGAUCGAUAUGAUUCCUUGCUGGGUCGCUCUGGAUCAUACAGUUACUUAGAAGAAAGAAAACCUUACAGCAGCAGGCUAGAAAAGGAUGACUCAACUGACUUUAAAAAGCUUUAUGAACAAAUUCUAGCUGAAAAUGAAAAGCUGAAGGCACAGCUACAUGAUACAAAUAUGGAACUAACGGAUCUUAAAUUACAGUUGGAAAAGGCCACACAGAGACAAGAAAGAUUUGCUGAUAGGUCACUGUUGGAAAUGGAAAAAAGGGAACGAAGAGCUCUAGAAAGAAGAAUAUCUGAAAUGGAAGAAGAGCUCAAAAUGUUACCAGACCUAAAAGCAGACAACCAGAGGCUAAAGGAUGAAAAUGGGGCCUUGAUCAGAGUUAUAAGCAAACUUUCCAAAUAAAAAAAAGAAAAAAAAAAGGCAGCAAGUAAUGGAAUUGCACAUAUUAGUAACCCAGUGGACCAUAAUUGGCAGUCACUGGAAGUCUGGGAAGAAUCCUUGGAGACUGUCAUUUUCGGAUAUCCUGCCAAAUGCCCUCUUAUCUAGAAUUUUUGUUUUAUUUUGUUUAAUUUUCUGGGGUGUUUUUGUUGUUGUUGGUUUUUUUUUUUUUUUUUUUUUUAAAUCAAGACCAUUGUUUCAUGUUAAUGCAGCUGCUGAGAAGAUUUUUUUUUAAUGACUGAGAAAACUUGUUUACAGCUCCAGCAUAUAAGGAAAGUGUUCAAGGCCAGAUAUGCCUCAGAUAUUUAACCAGUAAGCCUUAGUUGUACAUAAAUACUUUUGUGUCAACAAAAACUUUCAGCUCUCACAGAAGACAGUUACUCAACAUUUUUUGAUGUGCCACAGUUUCCAGUUUUUCAAUAUUUAAAUUUUUUGGCUUUUCAUCUGAGUUUGGGUUUGUAUUUUUUCCUUCUAAACUCUUCAUGUGGCAGAGUCUUCUAUGUUUUCACAGCUUUUUCAUUACAGAAAAGAACACUUGCUCUUCUGUGAUUAUUGUCAUGUAUUAGGCUAAUGCUGUGUUGUCUCCCACCUGGAACUGAAUUGCUUGGUGGAACAUAUGCUUUCACUGUUUGUGCAAUAUGCAUUUAUUUCUUAUAUGAAUGCUUUAAAGUCAUUUGAGAUUAGAUCUUUUAAUUCCUAUUUUCUGCUUCAUUGGUCACUUUUUUUUUUUAUUGUAGUAUAAGAUGUUAGAUUCUGUAAUCUUCACAUUCAUUUUAGCAGGUACUGAGUGAUGCUGUAUAUACAAAUAAGUGUAUUGUUUUGAUUUUUAGCCCACCACAUGGCAUGCUUGACUAUUUCUUAUUUCAAAUGUCUGCUAAUGCAGAGUAGGCUACUCCAUGAUAGUGUUAAAAAACAAAAUUUGCUAACAAUGUGAUAUAAAGACUUUAAAAGUUACACAUUAUGUGGAGCCCUAUCUUUACAAAAGUUUCCUACUGUAAAGUGCUUUUAUUUUCAGUUUUCAUUUGAUAGUACUCAACCAUAAUUAAAGUUGCAUAAGAUAAUUGCUUUACAUUUCACAUACCUAUAUUUAUCUGAGUGCUGUCUAAAACUGUUGUGCUAGCCAAAGUAAUGCUAUGAAAUCAUUUGCAGAAUUAACCCGUGAGUUAAUGUUAAAUGCACUGUUAUUGCCAUGUGAAGAGGCAUCGACUUUGAUACCACCAUCAUGUUCAGACCAUUUUAUACAUUUCAGUGGCCUUUUUUUUUAAGGGAAAAAAAAGCGCAAAACCAAGUACAUAGUGAAGAUGGCUUUUAUUUGGACAAAUAGCUUUUAUAUUUCAUUAAACCAUGCAAAAAAUACUACAUCUUUCUGGCACAUAACUGUCUCCUUAACCACUGAACAGUUCAGCCAUUUGAAUAAAUUGUACAUUGUAAAGCUUAUAGUAGCUGAUUGUAUUAUUGAUUGUAUUGUAUACUAUAUUAAAUGUGAAUUUGUACCCCUUCAUUUUAAAAGGUCAUUGUGUUCUACUGCCUAUUUUAGAUUACUUUGGGGUUGGGGAAGGGUGUUUUGGUAAGCAGGAUUUUAAGUCCUCUCUCUCUUGAUUGGUUUUAUGAAGAUAUAAGGUUAUGCUCUUACUACCAAGCUCAGGAUUCUUGAUUUUAAAGGUACAAGGAUAGUUGUGGGAGUUUUAUUUUUGGUUAUAUUUGAACUGUAUGAAUGGUAGGUCUGAAUACUGAGAAUUUCCAUGGUCUUAUGUGGAGGUAAAAUAUACAGAUAACUGAUCAGUUUGAGUGACCGCAACAUGUUCUGGUUGCACAACAGUUAGGCAUGCUAUGGUUUAUAUUUGUGAAGUUUGGAUGCCUGUGAAGAAUGAUUAAAUACAUGUUUCUAAUAUUUUAGUGUUUUGUAUUUAGGUUAUUUAUUCUUUGUAUCUAAAACUGAACAGCUACUGUGCUAUAUUGAUUUUAUUGGUAGUAUUGAGCAGACCUUGUUUCUGCAUGAAACUAGUUGCAAAACCCACUAUUUUGGAAAUAAAAAUGUAUUUUGACAUAUACAAAUAAAAUGAAUAAAACUAUUUUAAAUGUGUGAACUUUUAA